AUGUCUAUAUUUAACAGUUUUCCGGGCUUACCGGGUCCUGACGAGACAGCAUUUUGUAAGAUAAAUGAAGUUUAUUGUUGUGCCAACAUCCGUUAUGGAAAUAUUUCAACAUUUACCAAUUCGAUUAAAAAUCACCCAAAAAUAAAUGUAACAAAGGAUCUAUAUCACCAUCACAGAUUAUCAGAUGAAAACAUAUCAGUCUAUGUUGAUGUUGAAGACAAUUUGUUAAAGAAAAUAACGAGUGUGUGGUACAAACAAGGCUUUUUAGAAGCUCUUAGUUUGGCUGCUGACCCCAAUGUGAACCGAGAGAGCCAGAUCCUAGCCAUAACAGCUUCAUAUGCACUAAAAGUUGCAAAUUUGUUCACUACCCUAAGAUAUUUCAUGCAACCCCAUUUAAAAGAUAUAGGACCCAAAAUAGUAUCGAAGUACUCAAGAACUCGGAACUGGAGUAAUGCACCAGUGAAAUGUAUAGCAUGGCAUCCGCAUGCAACAAAAAUCGCUUUAGCCACUGCCGAUGAUAAUGUGAGAAUCUAUUGUUCGGAAGUAUCAUUUGUUUCUACUCUUAAGUGUAAGGCUCAGGGCCAUGUGUCCUCGUUGAGCUGGAGGCCGUACUCGGCAUCAGAAAUAGCCGUAGGAUGUGAACAAGGUGUGAUAGUAUGGACUGUCGAUCCCAAUUCCAUGUUCACAAAACCAUCUUCAAGUAAUGCAGUGGUGCUUAAACAACCAGGCCAUAGUCCGGUGACCGAUGUAAGCUGGUCUCCGAAUGGUGACCUUUUAGUUAGUUGCUGUGGUGCUGAUACAUCGAUGCUAGUGUGGGACGUCAGUAUGGAGUCAGCAAUACCUUUGAGACGCGUCGCCGGCGGUGGUAUCGUGUUUGCGAGGUGGUCGCUUAGUGCAACUAAAAUAUUUGCUGCUACUUCAUCUAUAAUAUUCAGGGUAUGGGAUACUCAGACCUGGAUCCCGGAAAGGUGGUGUGCUCGUGGUUGUAGAGUGGUAGCCGCUUGUUGGGGUCCACAAGAUAUUAUUUUGUUUGCUGCUAAAAGUGAACCUAUUGUAUAUGCAUUGACCAGUACUGGACUUAUAAAUGGAGCAAAAACAAGUAAAGCCCAACCAGUUCUAGAUGUGACAAAGAUUGAGUUGCCGUCUGGUGAUAUUGUGGGUGGGCCAAUACUAGAUAUGUGUUGGGACUGUACCGGCAAAUACUUAGCAUUGAUGUUUGAAGAGACACAUAUAAUAGCUGUCUUCUGUACAACACAAUUAAUGAUGCAUCUCAGUGUGUCUCCGUGUUGUUUCAUCUCUGGUAUCGACACAGAGGUUCCGUCAACCAUGGCCUUCCAAGAGAACUUCAGCGAGGGAGCCUGUCUCACUAUAGCCUGGUCCAGCGGCAGGAUACAAUACUUCCCCAUCAUUUACACUGAUAACUAUUGUUCCUAG